CGGGGAGACCAGAUAUAGUGAAUGCAGGGUCCGGGGAAGACCAGAUAUAGUGAAUGCAGGGUCCGGGGAGAGCGGAUAUAGUGAAUGUAGGGUCCAGGGAGACCAGAUAUAGUGAAUGCGGGGUCCGGGGAGAGCGGAUAUAGUGAAUGGUCCGGGGAGAGCGGAUAUAGUAAAUGCAGGGUCCAAGGAGACCAGAUAUAGUGAAUGCGGGGUCCGGGGAGAGCGGAUAUAGGGAAUGCAGGGUCCGGGGAGACCAGAUACAGUGAAUGCAGGGGUCCGGGGAGUCCAGAUAUAGUGAAUGCAGGGUCCGGGGAGAGCGGAUAUAGUGAAUGCAGGGGUCUGGGGAGACCAGAUAUAGUGAAUGCAGGGUCCGGGGAAACCAGA